GAAAAAUAUGUGCCGGGCCGAGGGGCGGGAGGAAGAUCCGGCCGCCUGUCCUGACCUAGAGGGGCGGCCCGCCACGGCAGCCAGCACCGGGCGGAGGACAAUAGCAGGCGGGCUGCGGGGCGGCUGCAGUCGGGACCCGGGUGCUCUAGCGCGCUGCUCGUCGCUCUCCCCACGACUCCUGCACCGAAGCUCUCUGGCCAAGAGUACUUUGGACCCCCGGCCGCCAUGACGGGCAGUAAUAUGUCAGAUGCCCUUGCAAAUGCUAUAUGUGAACGCUGUCGAGCCCGUUUUGAUCCAACUGAACGUAUUGUAAACAGCAAUGGAGAACUGUAUCAUGAAAACUGCUUUGUCUGUGCUCAGUGCUUUCGCCAGUUUCCAGAUGGCCUCUUCUAUGAUUUUGAAGGGAGAAAAUAUUGUGAGCAUGACUUCCAGAUGCUAUUUGCACCAUGCUGUGGGGAAUGUGGUGAAUUCAUCAUUGGCCGAGUCAUCAAAGCAAUGAACAAUAAUUGGCAUCCUGAAUGUUUUCGUUGUGAACUCUGUAAUGUAGUUCUUGCUGAUUUGGGUUUUGUGAAGAAUGCUGGCAGACACCUCUGUCGGCCUUGCCACAAUCGUGAGAAAGCCAAAGACUUGGGCAAAUAUAUUUGCCAGAAAUGUCACUUGAUAAUUGAUGAACAAGCUCUUAUGUUCAGGAAUGACUCCUACCAUCCAGACCAUUUCAACUGCACCCACUGUGGGAAGGAAUUGACCGCUGAUGCCAGGGAGCUGAAAGGAGAGCUCUACUGCCUGCCGUGCCAUGAUAAGAUGGGCAUUCCAAUCUGUGGGGCUUGUCGGCGGCCUAUUGAGGGUCGAGUGGUCAACGCUCUAGGAAAACAAUGGCACGUUGAGCACUUUGUUUGUGCCAAAUGUGAGAAGCCAUUCCUGGGACACCGGCAUUAUGAGAAAAAGGGUCUGGCUUACUGUGAGACUCAUUACAAUCAGCUCUUUGGAGACGUCUGCUACAACUGCAGCCAUGUGAUCGAGGGGGAUGUGGUAUCUGCUCUCAACAAAGCUUGGUGUGUAAACUGCUUCUCCUGUUCCACCUGCAACAUCAAGCUCACCUUGAAGAAUAAGUUUGUGGAAUUUGACAUGAAGCCAGUGUGCAAGAAAUGCUAUGAGAAAUUCCCUUUGGAGCUGAAGAAAAGGCUGAAGAAGUUGUCUGAUCUGACCUCCAAGAAAACACAACCCAAAGCUCUGGAUCUGAAUUCUGCUUAAACAAGUCUCUGCAUCUUUCACACUGCACUCUUCUUCCCCUGUGGCAAUCACCCAAGAAUGGUUAAAGGGCCCAAGACACACAGAACCUCACCAGUUGCAUUGUGUAAUCUGAAUGUUUUCUGCUCAGGUAUAUAGCGCAGAGGCUGGCCUUUGGGGGGGAAAAAGCUAUGGAUACACAUGAAGAUGCACUAUUUUCCUUUUGCUAUAAAUGUGUUUUGUGAUUCCCCCCCCCCAUCUUUCAGUAUUAAAAGCCAGAUUUUACUAUAUGUUACAGUAUUCCAUAAAUUGUUAAAGUAAGGGAUAGAAGUGGGAGGCAUUAAUGUUCACUUUGUGAACAUUAUCUUAAAAUGGCAAGGGGCUAAUAAUUAAGUAGUGAUCUAACAAUUUCAAUUAAGCCAUUAUGACAAUAUGAUAAAUCUACACUGGUUUUACUAGCUGGCUGUCCACAUCACUGUAACGGUGAAGCUUGAUGUUAACCUCUUACUAAAAUACUCUUUAAUCAUCAUAAAAUAGACCAGAAGACUGAAGUUGAGUGGGUUUUUUUUCUGCCUUGGUGGUGCUAUCAGAGCUUUCAACUAAAACACCCUGUUGCAUUAUCCUACCCUGGAGACAUGAAUUAUACCUAUAGACCCUGAUUCUUACAAAUACUUACUCAGUAACAUACACACAGAUAUAAACAGGUAGGUGCCAUAAUGGGACAUAUUUCCAGCUCAUGUAAUACAUAUAGUUCUGAA